ACAAAACAUGUCUGACUAGUUUUGCAAUUUGAAAAGAACUUUCGUAAAGGUGAAUUUAUCAAGAAAUAUGAUAAUUUCGAAAUACUCCGUUGCCGUAGAACGAGAAAUUAGAAUAUUAUCAUUAAAUCCGCAGUAUUCUGUAAUAUGUCUAUGUACGACGAACAACAAAUUAAUGUGUCAAAUAGGAAGUUCUCCUUCGGAGAAUUACCUGACGAUAUUCUCUUAGAUAUAGCCAGUUAUUGUGAUAGUACAACCUUGUGUCGUCUAUCAAUGGUAUCUAGAAGAUUCAGGAAAGUUUUUAGUUCAAAUUGUAUAUGGAACCGCAAAAGAAUCAGUCACACUAUAGUGGGCUGUUCGAACGAAACAAGCGUUUGUAAACUAAAUUCCAAGGAAAAAUAUAGAAUUGAAUUGAAUAUAAAAAAAGGGAAAUUCAAAUUGAAAAGUGUUUUGAAGACAAAAGAAAUUCAUUUACCUUGGUUGCAAAGUAAUGGAAAUCGAUUAUGGAUGUCUUUGGGAUCAGAAAUCAUAGGUUUUCAAAAGAUUAAGAAUGGUUGCGUGAGAGAAGAUCAAAUUUUUAGGGGACAUAAUGAGGAUGUUACCCGAUUUGUUUGCAAAGAUGAAAAAUUGUAUAGUGUAAGCAGAGACAAGAGUAUGGCCUGUUUUAAUGCUUCUACAGCUGAUCUACUAUGGAGGAAAGAGAAUUGUCAUGCGGCUGAUAUAUUAUGUAUAUCAGUAGCAAAAGAUACUAUCUGCACUGGAUCGGAAGACGGAGUAUUAAAAAUAUGGAAAAGUUCAAACAUAGAAAAAAAAGUUCAAUUUAAUUUAAAUGAUCGAAUUCUUUCUAAUUCAUUCAUAGACGAUCAUAUAGUAUGUGGCACAUCCUAUCUUAAUUAUGCUCUUUCUCCUCUAACAAUUUGGAAUCUCGAAAAAGAGAUUUUAUUAGGUUUUUUAGGAUCGAAUAACAGAAAAGGAGCUGGUAUACUCGCUAUAAGAAAUUACGAUGACAAUUCAAUUCUAACAGGAGGGUACGAUACAUACGUCAGAUUUUGGGAUACCAGAUCGGCUUGGACAAAGCCAAUCUUGGAAUUCUCCGAUCCUUUUGAUAGUUUUGUAUAUAGUUUGCAAACCGAUGGUGACAAUGCAAUAGCAGUCGGAUUAUCUAAUCACGCUAGAAUAUCACUUUGGGAUAGAAGAUACACAAAAAAGCCUAUGCAAUACUUUUUCACCGUGAAGAGGAAAACACCGGUUUUUUCACUAGAGCUGGAUUAUCGAUACACCUACGUGGCUAUUGACCGCGGGCUCUACCUAAUGGACUUUGAUUAGUUUAACUUGUCUUUAAUUGUAAUGAAACCUUUGUCAUGCUCAAGAGUUAAAUAAAUUAAGAGUCUCUAGUACUUUUUAACACAAUCGUUAAUCUCUUUAAAAAAGCUCUGCCCCCUCAUCCUUAAGUAAUUAAAUAGGACAACAACACCUUUGUUUACUUUCUCAGAAAACGUAAUGAUUUACUAUAUCUUCUUAUAGAUAGAGGCUCAUCAAUCUUUGCUAUUUUCUUUAAAAUUG